AGCUCAGCCACACAUGUUGGUAAGGCAUCACCAAUUGUCAAUCACUGGGCAGUUCUCAACUUCACUCAUCGUUACGCGGCUUUCCAGGUUCCUUUGACCAUCACUAAAUAUAUUUUCGCUUCUUGUGCAGCACCACGGACGAGUUAUUCAGUUGCUCGAUAUUUCAGUUAUCCUCUCAGGACGUCCCUUGUUCGAUUACCAAGUGGUAAAGUCGUCGACUCCCCGCCACCAUGUCGUGGUCUGGGUUCAAGAAAAAUGUCAACCGCGCGACGACGCAGGUGAUGAUGAAAACAGGGCAUGUGGAGAAAACGAAUGACCGAGAUUAUGAGAUUGAAGAGAGACGCUACAGGACAAUGGAGACGGCAGUGAAUCGCCUGCAGAAAGAAGCAAAAGGAUAUCUCGAUUCGCUCAGAGCAAUGACUGCAUCUCAAAUGAGAAUCGCGGAGACAAUCGACGCCUUUUAUGGUGACGCUGGAACAAGAGAUGGUGUGAGCCGAAGUUAUAAGCAAGCUGUGGAGGACCUAGAUGCAGAAACCAUCAAGGCGCUAGAUGGACCUUACCGGACGACGGUUCUCGAUCCCAUUUCCCGCUUCUGUGCAUAUUUCCCUGAUAUAAACGAGUGCAUCAAAAAGCGCAACCACAAGCUACUCGACUACGACUCCAUGCGCGCUAAGGUCAAGAAAUUAGUCGAAAAGCCAGACAAGGAUGCCAGCAAACUACCGCGAGCGGAGCGCGAAACCGAGCUCGCCAAGCAAGCCUACGAGCAGCUCAAUGAACAACUCUUCACGGAACUACCGCAGCUUAUCGACCUGCGUGUUCCGUACCUAGAUCCUAGCUUUGAGGCUCUGGUUAAGAUCCAACUGCGGUUUUGUGCAGAGGCUUACUCGCGCAUGGCGCAAGUGCAGCAGUAUCUGGAUGCAGACACGAGAGAUCAAUAUGCAAAUGGAGAUUUGGAUAAUAGGGUCGAGGAAGUGUUGCAGGAGAUUCGGGAUUUGAGUAUUGCUGGGACUGUCUAAACUGAAAAUUGCUUCAUUUAACAUAAGUAGUGUUUAUAUUUGUAUCAUUUCCAUUCCUUCUGGAAAGAUUUUAAUGACCUGUUCAUUAUUCCUGUUUAUCUUCAGGCUCCCACCCUAAUUUAUACAUACUAUUUCAGCUUUCGCUUCAUUGAUGCUGCCACGGAAAUGAAAAAGGAAGAUUUCAGAGGACGUCAACGAGCAGACAUUCCAU